GUGUUGCAGCAUAGGCUCUUGAUAGGGUUCAUAAACGCAAGGCAGGUCAAUCUGCAAGAACAGAGACAGAUUCCCCUCUACCCUCGUCCUGCUUCAUCAUCCUCCACUUCCUCCAAAUUGCACCUUACGCCGAGAUGACAGACAUACUGAGAAACAUACCGAUCGUGCGAUGGUCCCAGCGCGCGGACUCUUGGGUUCUUGCUAAAAACAGACCAGAUGCGUAUCUGCCUAUGAGUAUCACCCUCCUCACCUGGAACAUCCAACACGAUGUGCCGAACGCGUGGGAGCGACACCAGGCAGCGAUGACGUAUAUUCAGCACAAGGCGUUCGGGUGCUACGAUGGCCGCGCGCCGCGCCCAGGGGUGAUCAUGCUGCAAGAGGUGGGCGCAGAUGCCUUCAAUGCGCUGCUCGAGCACGCGUGGGUGCGCACGCACUUCGUGGUCAUGCCGCCCGGACCGCAGUACUGGCCGUACGGGGCGCGCUACGGCGUGGUGACGCUCGUGCCGCGGCACAUGAGCAUCAGCGCCGCGACGUCAGUCGAGUUUGGCGGGUCGCGGAUGGGGCGGAACAUGCUGAUGGUGGACGUGUGGGUGAACAUGAGCUUGGAUGCCCUUGGAUGCGAGCCGAAGAUCAUCAGGAUCGCGAAUACACAUCUGGAGUCGCUGCCAGGCGGUGUAAUAUGGCGGGCAGGGCAGUUACGGACGGUCGCACAAUGGUUGAAGGACUUCCAGGUGAAGGGCGGGGUCGUGUGCGGGGACAUGAACGCGCUGGUGCCGGCGGACGAGAAGUUCGUGGCGAUGAACGGACUGGUCGAUGCGUGGGAGAAGAGUAGCGCUCACGUCGCGGCGGUGGGCGAUGGUGACAUGGAAGAGAAUGACGGGACGACGUGGGGAUUCCAGCCUAGGAGCGACUUCAAGCCGGCGCGGCUGGACAAGAUGCUGUACGCAGAGAAACGAGCGUACGAAUUGGAGAGGCCCUGGGCUGUUGGAGUGGGAUUGAAGACCAAAAGUGGACAGUGGGUGUCUGAUCACUACGGGCUGAUGAGUAUCCUGCGCGUGUUGGGGUUGUAAACAGGAAAUGCGACGGCCUGGCCGUCUACAAACAUGUAACAUAUUGGACAAUCUGCGAGCACAGCGAUGAGAUGUU